GCAUUUUCUCGACAUCUCAGGACCAACUAGAAAAUCGGGCAACGCCAUCAACCUUUUCUCUCCCACAACUCAACCCAACGCGAUCAUUAAAAAAGAACACGAAACAAAUCACGAUCAAAACCCCUAGCAUUUAGGAACACCACUAGCAGCUUUGAUUCAUCUCUUCAUUACUUGGUUUGGUUGAAUGCGAAGAUAGCCGUAUGUGUGCGUCUAGAAUGAGCACCACCUGAGCACUACCAUACCAUCGUCGGCCUCUCUAUAAUUUGCAAGAGACCGCCAAGAUGUCGCUCCUAUCACGGGCGGUCAACGUGCCGGCGUUUGCGCGGACGCAGCUCGCGCUCCUCGACGCGGAGCUGCAGAGCGAGAUCCGGGAGACGAGCGGGCUGGUGUCGGGGGCGAGUCCCGCGGCGCUGCAGCGCGCCGGGCUCGCGGUGACGAACCUGGUGGUGGCGUCGCAGCGGACGGGGAUGGGGGGGCGCACGGUGCAGGAGCUGGGGCCGGACGGGGCGGUAGCGGUGGCGGGCGAGCUGCCGGAGCACGGGCUGCGGACGGGCGACAUCGUGCUGGCGAGCGAGCAGCCGGCGGGCAGCGCGAGGAAGCGCGAGGUGCGGGACCUCGAGCGCCGCGGCGUCCGCGGCGUCGUGGUCCGGAUCCGCCGGGACGCCGUGGCCGUCGCCGUCGACGACGACCGCGAGGGUGAGGGCGACGGCGUCGCCGCCCUCGCCGCCCGCGUCUGGCUCCUCAAGCUCGCCGACGACGUCACCUACCGCCGCAUGAAGCAGACCAUGGAGCGCCUCCGCGACAUGCCCGACGCCGAGUACUCGCCCUUCGUGCGCGUCCUCUUCGGCCUCACGACCCCCUCGCCCGUGCCCGCCGACCUCGCGGCAGACCCGGACGUCGGCGACGGCAAGGUCGCCUGGUUCGACCCGACGCUCAACGACUCCCAGAAGGACGCCGUGCGCUUCGCGCUCGCGUCGAGGGAGAUUGCCCUGAUUCACGGCCCGCCAGGGACGGGAAAGACGCACACGCUGAUCGAGCUGAUCCUGCAGCUGGUCAAGCGCGGGCAGCGCGUGCUCGUCUGCGGGCCGUCCAACAUCGCGGUGGACAACAUCGUCGAGCGGCUGGCGCCGCGCGGGGUGCCGAUAGUGCGGCUGGGCCACCCGGCGCGGCUGCUGCCGUCGGUGCUCGAGCACUCGCUCGACGUGCUGACGCGGACGUCGGAGGCCGGGCAGAUCGUGCGCGACGUGCGGGCCGAGAUGGACGCGAAGCAGGCGUCGGUGCGCAAGGCGCGCAGCGGGCGCGAGCGCAAGGCCAUCUACGCGGAGCUCAAGGAGCUGCGGCGCGAGUUCCGCGAGCGCGAGCGGCGGUGCGUCGACGCGCUCGUGCGCGGCAGCGCCGUCGUCCUGGCCACGCUGCACGGCGCCGGCGGCGCCCAGCUCCGCGGCGAGCGCUUCGACGUCGUCACCAUCGACGAGGCCAGCCAGGCGCUCGAGGCCCAGUGCUGGGUGCCGCUGCUGACCGCCACCAAGGCGGUGUGCGCCGGCGACCACUUGCAGCUGCCGCCGACGGUGAAGUCGGCGAACGCGAAGAAGAAGGACGGGGGCAAGGACAAGGACAAGGACAAGGGGAAGAAGGAUAGCAAGAAGAAGAGGCCGGCGGGGAAGGGCGGGGACAAAGGCGCGGAGAAGAACACGAGCAAGGACAAGGACGUGGAGGUGGAAGUGGGAACGGAAGCGGAGGCGGGAGACGUCGCCGAUGGUGGGAGCCUCGAGACCACACUCUUCGACCGGUUGCUGAAGCUACACGGGCCGGGCGUGAAGCGGAUGCUGACGACGCAGUACCGGAUGCACGACAAGAUCAUGCGGUUCCCGUCGGACGAGCUGUACGAGUCGCGGCUUGUCGCCGCGGACGGGGUCAAGGCGCGGCUGCUGCGGGACCUGCCGUACGGGGUGCGCGACACGGAGGACACGAGCGAGCCGGUGAUCUUCAUCGACACGCAGGGGGGCGACUACCCGGAGAAGAACGAGGAAGAGGAUGAGGACGGGGGAGGCGGAGGCACGGAAGAGGACACAAAGAAAAAGAAGAAGGCUACGAUCAGGUCCCUGUUCGGCGACAGCAAGAGCAACGAGAUGGAGGCCGCGGUCGUGCGGCAGCACGUCCGGAAGCUCGUCGAGGCCGGCGUGAGGCCCGAGGAUAUCGCCGUCGUCACGCCGUACAAUGCCCAGCUCGGCCUCCUCGCGCCGCUCAAGGAAAGCUUUCCGGGCAUAGAGCUCGGCUCGGUGGACGGGUUCCAGGGCCGCGAGAAGGAGGCCGUGAUUGUGAGCCUGGUGCGGAGCAACUCGGAGGGCGAGGUCGGCUUCCUGAGCGAGAAGAGGCGGCUCAACGUCGCGAUGACGAGGCCUAAACGCUCGCUGGUCGUCGUGGGCGACUCGGAGACGGUCCGACGAGGUAGCAAGUUUCUCAAUAACUGGAUGACCUGGCUCGAGGAGCACGCGGACCUGCGAUACGUCGACGCGGCGUCUUUAGAGACGUGAGGAGAGAGGUGGAGGGAGGGGAAGGAGGAAGAGGGGGACGAAGACGUGCGACGAGGAUGUGCGCCAGCUAGCUAUGGGAUAGGAAGGAAGGACAUGUAGAAGAAUACUUCCUGUAACGAGACGAGAGCGCACGAGGGGUAGGGGGAAACGCUUGCUCGCGGUUUCAACGGGACGGAUACAGUAAUGCUGGUGACGAUGUGACUCGACACCGCUGCGGUUUAGGUCCUGCGUCGAUGCGGCUCCCUCUGCCUCUCUCUAGGCGGCGUACUAGUGUCCCGAAUGCCCUCUCUCUCCCGCUGUU